UGCUUUUUGUUAUUUUGUAAAGCUUUUUGGAAUAAAGCACUCUUUUUGUCUCCUCGUCUGCCGUCUUGCAUUUGGGUCCUCACCAGUGCAGAUGAAAAUGUCAAUAAUAUCAAUUGGUGCUGCCUAAUCCAACAGAUUUGCAUGAGUUUGGCUGUUUCACGCUGUGGCCUCGCGCCAGUGAAUGACAGGCAUCAGUAAUCGAUCGACGAUGCGCGCGUUCUGCUCGAGCCGCGCUAAAGAUCCUCCAUCUGCAUUCGCUUUCUCUACUCUACUGUUUCAGCUGCAUUCAGGGUCUGCUCGUCUAUUGAAGAAAUGGCAACAACAGUGAAACUGAACACCGGUGCGAAAAUGCCCAUUGUGGGACUGGGGACAUGGAAGUCUCCCCCCGGCAAGGUCACAGAGGCAGUGAAAGCAGCCAUCUCAGCGGGAUACAGGCACAUUGAUGGAGCGUACAUCUACCAGAACGAGGCAGAAGUGGGAGAGGGUGUUCAGGCCAUGAUCAAGGAUGGCGUUGUCAAGCGAGAGGAUCUUUUCAUUGUUAGCAAGCUGUGGUGCACUUUCCAUGAGAAGUCCCUGGUGAGGCAGGGCUGCGAGAAGACGCUCGGUGAUCUUAAACUGGACUACCUGGAUCUCUAUCUCGUGCACUGGCCCAUGGGAUUCAAGGCUGGCAGUGAGCUUUUUCCCUUGGACAGCGCAGGACAGACUAUCAGUGAUAACACUGACUUCCUGGAGACGUGGGAGGGGAUGGAGGAGCUAAUGGAUGCUGGUUUGGUGAAAGCUAUCGGUGUGUCCAACUUCAACAAGGCGCAGAUUGAAGCCAUUCUCAACAAGCCAGGCCUCAAACACAAGCCCGCCAUCAACCAGGUGGAGUGCCACCCGUACCAGACCCAGGAGAAGCUGAUCACCUACUGCCACUCUCAGGGCAUCUCAGUGACCGCCUACAGCCCCCUGGGCUCCCCUGACAGACCCUGGGCUACACCUGAAGACCCCUCACUGCUGGAAGACCCCAAGAUUAAAGCCAUUGCUGCGAAGCACAGCAAGACGCCUGCUCAGGUCCUGAUCCGCUUCCACGUCCAGAGGAACGUGAUCGUGAUCCCCAAGUCGAUCACACCUCAGCGCAUUCAGGAGAAUUUCCAGGUGUUUGACUUUGAACUAACCGAGGAGGAAAUGAAGACUAUAGUCGGGUUUAACAGGAGCUGGAGAGCCUGUCCCAUGCAAUUCUUGAAGCACAAGGACUAUCCGUUCAACGCUGAAUACUGAUCUCCCACAGGUGUUCAGAGGGUGCUGGAGUGUCUUCCCUCUGGGCGGCUCGCUUUACUGUUCUUUUAGAGCAGUUUGCAAAGUUAGUGUGGCCUUGGAUAAAUAUUUAGAUUUCAUGUUCCAUUUCUUAGAAGCAACUUUAGUUUUCUGUGUUUUCUCCAUGACAACCAGCAAUCAGCUUAAUGCACACUCCUAAAACGUGUUUAUGUCCAAUUUAUGAUGCUCAUUCAAUGCAAAUUAGGGCCAUGAGGAGCACGAGAAAAAGAGUAUUGGUAUCCUUUCCUUACAUGGUCAUUUUCUGUUAUGUAACUUUAAAUUACAGAAGAACCUAAAUGUGUGCCAUAGUAGAGAUUAUGUAUUUUUAAAUUGAGUAACGGCUCUGAUUUAGGGAUUAACAAUUUACAAAAUCCUGGUAAGUGAUUUAUUUGUAGUGUGUAUGAUGUUUGUAGUAGCACUUGACAAAACUACCUACAGUAAAUAAGUCAUAGAAAGACGAAAAGAUAAAGUCUGUGUUUAAAUCAAAACAUGUUAUUCAUAGCACUAAUGUGAUCAUACUUCAAAACACUAAUCAUGUAACGAAACCUAUUUAUCUUCCAUAUUAACAAGUUUAUUUUUUCUACUUGCGCGGAGGCGUUAGUGCCUUUGCAUAUAAGUUUGAAAAGAAAAAUUAAAAGGACUGUUACCUCUGUGAAAUGCAGAACAUGAGACCUCGACUUGUCGUGACUAAGUACUUCCCACUAUCACCUGUGAGUCAUACAUGGCACUUUUGUAUCAUGUGUGUUAAUGCUGUUACAAAACUCUUUCACUUCCCGCGUCAGCAGCUUUUGUUAAGCAUCGAAAUGAAGUUCUGUGGGAGGAAAUAAAAUGAGUUGGUGCAAAGUU